AACGAGCAGUCUUCUCCCCGUUUAAUCUUUUUUUCCCCCUCUCGUCUCAAAGCUCAUCGAUGCUCUUUCUCUCGACCUUUGCCUGCCGUCCCAACUUCCUCGCCGUCUCCGAUCGCAAAACGCUCUCCCGUCGACGCCGGAGGUCCCUUCGAUUCCGUAGAAGGCCUAUGCGCUGGUGACGAUUGUGAUGUUUGUUGAUUUGUCGGAAUUGCAGAUUUGCUCGGUAAUAACCUCCUCAUUAACCGCGGGAUGAUGAUAGGGUUCGGAAUUAUAGAAGCAAUUUUGGACUGAAAGGAUUUGUGGACAGGCAAGGUGAUUGACGUCAAACACAAGUUAUAUGGAUUGUAUAAGCUGGAUUCACCUACAUCAUCAUCAUCAUUUUUGGUUACAACCUCUUCCCUACAAAUUCAUAGCCGUCUUGGUCAUCUUGCUCCUUAAUAAAUAAAAUUUAUGGUUCUUAGUGUUUCAAGGAUUUAAACUCUUGAAUACUCUGGAGCUACUAAGAAUGGUAGACACCAAAGCUAUUGGUAAAAGAUGGGAGGAAAUGGAAACUGAUGUCUUAGUGAAAAUUUUCAAGGAGUUAAAUAUGAUCCAACUUACUCCAGUUUCUUUGGUGUGCCGUUCUUGGCGUUUGGCUUGCUCAGAUCCAUUCAUAUGGAACACACUUGAUCUAGGGCUUUUGGAAUCCAACUUUAUCCAGACAAGGGCAUUGCCUUUUAUUUGGGUAGAUGAAAGAUCUGAUCGGAGGUUGACACGAAUUUUGAGGAUGGCCAUGGCUCUUAGUUGUGGGAACAUCACGACUAUGAUAUUUCAUUUCAAUCUUUAUAUGAAGGAUGAACAUCUUAAUUACAUCUCAGAGAGGUCUCCCCAUGUUAGAAGAUUAGUCAUGCCAGCUUGGAACCGUAUUACAAGAGUUGGAUUAGUGCAAGCCAUCCGGAGGUGGGAGGAUCUGGAAUCCCUGACAAUGCCCAGCAUUGGCCAUCCUUCUUAUAUAAUGGAGGAAAUAAGUAGGAGCUGCAAAAACUUCUCACACCUUAAGGUGAUGGGAACAUUUGAUGUCCACUUUGCCUCUUGCAUUGCAAUGCAUCUCCCAAAGCUGAAAGUUCUCAGUCUGCGGUGCUCUAUAGUCACGAAAGAAGCAUUGUUGUUCAUCUUAAAUUGCAUGGUGAAUCUGGAGGUGCUCAACAUCUCCCACUGCCUCUUACUUGAAUCCCUCGUUUCAGGACGGAGACAGAUUCGAUCAGAACUAGACCAGACCAUUUUUCAGAAGGCUUCGCACAUGCGUGAUUUCUUGUAUUGCCAGAGCAGCUCUUGCAUUGCGUGCAGGAGGAUGAUUGAAGAUGAAGGUCUGAUGAGAUGGUACCGGUAUGAGGCCUGGUUCUGGCGCCAAGAUGAGGUGAGCUCUCUUGAUCUGGGGGAGUAUGGCAGGUUGUUUGAUAAGAACUGUGUUGACAGAUUGCUUUCUUCUGAUAUUAAUUUUUGAGAUUGUUUUUGUUUGUCAGAAGAUUUUCAAAUAUCUGUAUUACUGUUGUAAUAAAACGAAUAAUAUUGUGGUAGACACGUUUGUUGUGUCGUCCAUCUUAUGAAAAAAAGAAACA